AAGACAGAAACAGCACAACCUUAAGGAAAUCUUAAAACUGCAUCAGUGCCAUCGAUUUGGUUUGAAUAUGAACCCUGAGUAUGACUACCUGUUCAAGCUACUGCUGAUUGGAGACUCUGGAGUUGGAAAGUCAUGUUUAUUAUUGCGUUUUGCGGAUGAUACCUACACUGAAAGCUACAUCAGCACUAUUGGUGUGGACUUCAAAAUCAGGACUAUUGACAUGGAUGGGAAGGUAGUUAAACUGCAAAUUUGGGAUACAGCAGGUCAGGAGAGAUUUCGGACCAUAACAUCCAGCUAUUACCGAGGUGCUCAUGGGAUUAUCAUUGUAUAUGAUGUUACUGACCAGGAAUCCUUCAACAAUGUGAAGCAGUGGUUGGAGGAGAUUGAUCGCUAUGCUUGUGAAAAUGUCUCUAAAUUGCUGGUGGGGAACAAAACUGAUUUAACUUCAAAAAAGGUGGUGGACUUUACAACAGCAAAGGAAUUUGCAGAGACACUUAACGUCCCAUUCCUGGAGACAAGUGCAAAGGAUGCAAGCAAUGUGGAGAAGGCAUUUUUAACACUGGCUUCUGAAAUCCAGAAGCGGCUUGGGGCAGACAGCAUUCUGAAUGAGACUGUUAAAAUGGGAUCCAAAAUAAACAGUGCUCCCCUGUGGCCUGGAGGACAAAAGGCAAAAGGUGAGGAGGUCCGAACUUGCUGUUAGUGCUAACAAAUUUGAUAUGGAGUAGGUUCAAGAUAAAACUUUGUGAAUUAAGAUAUUUCACAGUUUAUAAUGAUGGUUAUUUGUCAUAGUAUUUCAUGCUUCCUGUCUGUUCAUUUAGGUGAUAUGUUCUAUUUGCCUUUCUUCUUUGCUAAAUUUUGUUUAAUAGGCCAGAUAAUAAGUAAUGUUCCUUUUGUCUGCUAAUGGUGUUUGUAAUACAAGCCAAAACUGGAGCAAGUCAAAAGUUUUGCUAAUAUGAUCAACAUUUCUUGUUUGCACUUGUCAGUGUAAACAGAUACACAUUUACCAUAUUCUAAUAACCUGGGAAUUAAAAAAAAAAUUUAAGAAACAAUUUUAACUGCCAGAACUGUUAGACACAGAUCAUUUAAUCAUUUCAAAAUAUUUAGAGCAUAUAACAAUCAUUAAAUGAACAUAACUGUAAAUAUCACACACAUAGGACAUGUAAUUAUAACACAGACUUUUCCCUCAGAACAAUGAUUUUUUUUUUUCCAAACAAAGUCUUUGCAAGUAUUUAAUCUGUAAUGAGCAAAUUAGCCUUUUGUUAAUCUCUGAUAUUUGUUGAGUAAAAUAAAUUACAUUUUUUGGAUGCUUUA